AUGUUAAGAAGACGAAGAAGAUAUGGACAAGACACAAAAAGCACGGAUCAAGGACUCAAGCCCAAGCAUCUACGUCACGCCGCCAACAAAUGUUGUGGCUGAGACGCAGAAGCAACCGUUAUCCUCACAGCGUGAAGCGCGGAGUGCAGCACCGACAAGCAAGAAGAGCAGCGGUGGUAUUGAAGCCGUGCCCCGUCCCGUAUGUGAUCCUCCAAAGCUCGGGAGCCAGGAUACUCUGGUGCCCGCACAGGCUGCAGGACCUUCUCCGAAGCCAAAUCCGCAGCCACAGCCGUUCAUGGUCGUGAGGCCAGCCGGCGGCUCCGCUGUGGCGGACACUUCACCAGAUAGCUCAGGAUCGGCGCGCGGCUCAGACAUCGCCACUUUCUUCUGCACGCUCGUCUAUCUCUUUGUGAUGCUGGUCGCCGUGUUUGUCCUCGUUUACCACCUGUUGAGCAACAGCCGACACCAGGCUGGGCUAUCAGAUUCGACCACGUCGUCGUUGUCCACGCGCGGCCGUGCCGACAUCGAGCUGCCCACGACGUUCACGGUGAUCGCGACAAAGUCGUCGCCUCGUGGGAGGCACGUUCAUCGGGUAAAUCACUCCAUGAAAUUUGACGACUACGCCGGACGCCGGAAGCACGCGACCACUGCCACAGCGUGGCCAACUGCCACGCAGAAUGAUAGCGCGCCUGGAGAGGAAGACCAGACAACAGCCAUCGCGCGUGACCACCCGGUCGGCCGACAACGCCGGCUCUAUGGCAUCAUAUCUACGAUCGCUGGAACGCCCUUCGAGGGAAAUUACGAACUCAAGUCCCACUUUCGGACCUCGAACCACCACACCUGAACUGUGUUGUAUUUUGGGUGAAAGUUAUUGUAGGAAUAAAGUUUACAUAGAAGUAAC